AGGGUUGGGACACACUUUGUAGAGGUGAAAUGUAGGCUGUAGUAGUAUGUCAUCAGAUACAGCAAAGCUUCACCAAGGUUGUCUUUAAUUAUUCUGUAAUGAUUUGUGGGGAGAAGACUAUUUUAGAUAAUAAAAGUAAAGCUAAAGAUUUAGCUCAGCAUUUUGUUAAAGUCCAUGGUUCAGAGAAGUUUAGUGGUAAAGAAAGAAGAGCAAGAAGGAAGACAAUAACAAAUAAUGUACAUGGGUGUCAGGUUGCUGCGGUGGCUCUCUUCCUCUCACAGGUGGCUGCUGACCACUGGGCGGUGCUGAGCGCAGGUGUUCAACAUCAGCGAGGCUGCGGGGACGGCUUUAAAAGGAAGCGGCUGACUGCACCUCUUCGCCAGAGUGUUAACCAUACGUGGUGGACAGCUCCAAAUCCCGCUUCGAAGUCCCUUGGGGAACUGUCCAGUCCUGAAGCUGAGCUGACCUCUCUCUGUCCAGCUCCGCUCUCCUGUCAUCUCAAUAAACUGAAGAUCACGCCGACCCCUGCACUUAACCGGCGCCCAGCAGUCAGCCGUCACCCCCGAUCCGCAGUCCGAUCACCGGAACCCAGCCAGCCCUCCACCUGUCAGCAGCCCCAGGAGCAACAGCCCCAAAGCUCCGCUGCUCACACCAGCAGCCUCCGCCCCCAAAGCUCCGCAGCCUCCGCUCACUCUCCUCGGCGGUACGUCCUUCGCUCAGUGGUGACCCGUACAAACUGCCUGAUUCCCCUUCCUGUGUGAGGCACUACAUAGAGCUCAGUGGAACGGCCAACUCGUGGUUUUGGUGGAGGACUCUCCGGGUGGUGGUACUCUUUCUGGUUUGGUGCACGAUUUUCUUUUAUUCUUGUUUGCUGUGUUUCUUUUGUAGGUCACUACCCUGAUUUGCACUGCCAUCUUUGAGUUGUGCCAAACUGUUAUUUCAAUGUGUGAGUGGAUUUAAAGUAGUAUGUUUUGUCAAAUAAAAUAAACAAUUGGGUGA